GUUGAGGCCAUAAUGAACCAUAGGAAAUCGAUGGAUAUGUGAAAGAACGUGUGAAUUCCGGUGCCAGACCCUCCUGUUUGCAUGCUAGAGCAUUGAAGUGUGUGAAGAUAUCAGUUCAACAAGAAUUACCAACACCAAACGCAACGACGUGAAAGACCACCAAUCAGCAGCAGAGCCCCGCAUCGACCAACCUCCGUGUAUUACCAGUGAAGCUCCCAGAAUCAGCACAUGCCAGUGGGAGUUCGAUGCUGGGGAGAGCAUUAAACUCGGUCUGGAUCGACCACCAUAGCAACAUGAGCCAUACCAUCGUUCCGCCACAGUCAACUCGUACUAACCUUUUAGAAAAAUGUCUAAGUCUAAGAACCAUACCGCCCACAACCAGACCAAGAAGGCUCACAAGAACGGUAUCAAGAAGCCUAAGACCCACAAGUACCCAUCUUUGAAGGGUGUUGACGCUAAGUUCAAGAGAAACCACAGAUACGCUUUGCACGGUACUGCCAGAGUCUUGGCCAAGGCCAGAGCUGAAAAGUCCGCUUAGGUUAUCAGUGUAUUUGUUACAUAAUCAUUGUAUAAUGUUAAUAUAGUUCAUGUGGUUUACUGACUGAAGAA